AUGUCUGUCUCUGUUGAUAUAUUGCAUUUUAGGCUGCAAUAUAUCCGUAUGUAUGAUAAACGAUUAUCUAUCUAUCUAUCUAUCUAUCUAUCUUAUUCUCUCUCUCUCUCUCUCUCGUAUAUCAACAACUCAAUGCCUAACAUCCUAAUUGCCUUACUGCCUAUCUGUUUUACUGCGUACCUGUCCCACUCUCUAACUGCUUUACUGUAUGACUCUCGGCGUCAUUUCAUAUUUAUCUCACUUUCUGCCUACCUCACUAACUCAAUGCCUAACUCCUUUAUUAGCUCAUUGCCUAGCUGCUUAACUGCGUAUCUCUCAAAUCUGAUUUACUUCAUUACAUAUUUGGCGAAUGCUCUAACUAUCUCUAUACCUCACUGCUUGUUGGUCUCGCUGCCUUAUUGCGUAUCUAUCCCACUGUCUGCUUCACUGCCUAUCGUUUGUCUUUCGGAGUUUGUUAGUGUAUUUCUUUCUUUAUUUGUGUCGUUGAAGACAUAUUGGCUUUUGUUUCAUAUUUUUCUUUCAUUUUUAUUAUUUUUUUAUUCAAUGAAUUAUAUUUUAAUCCGCUUUUCUUUAUCUUUCUUUCUUUCUUCAUUAGUUGAUUUUGUCUUUCGUUUUUUCUUUCCGUCUUUGUUUUUUCUUCAUUCUAUCUUUCGUUCAUUAUGUCUUUCGUAUUUUCUUUCAAUCUUCCUUUCUUUCUGCAUUCAAUCAGUUAUUUUUUAUUACUUAAUUCCAUUCACAGUUAAUCUCUGUUUUCUUUUUUCAUUUCCUUUUUUCUUUCCUUUUUUUAUUCUGUAUUUAGGUGCUUAUUUCAAUCUUUCCUUCUUUCUUCAUUCUGUUAGUUUUUAUUAUUUAAUUUCAUUCACCUUUCUUAUUUUAUUUCAAUCUUUCUUUCUUUCUUCAUUCUCCGUUCAUUUUGUCUUUCGUUCUUUCUAUCUUUUUCUCUCUUUAAUCUAUUUUUAUUACUUAAUUUCAAUCACCUUUAUUUUCUGUUUGCUUUCUUUCUUUCUUUAUCUCAUUCGUUCGUUCAUUCGAAAUACAAAAUGA